AUGGCUGCCAACAACACAAACACCAACAAUCAACAACUUCCAACAAUGACGCCGCCGUCGAAUUGCUGGGGAAAUGUUCCAAAACCCAUUGUGGAGGAUAUGAAUUUUGCUGCCAUUGUGAAAAAUCAGAAAAAAGAGAAAGUCCUAAAGCAGGCAACGGAAAGGGAAAAAAUAAAACUGCAAGAGGAACGUGAUUUAGAGGAGGCCUUGGUGAAAAGCCUUGAAAUGGCCACCUUGCAAGAAGCAACCACCUCGUCCUCGCUAAUGGGCGGCCAAGGGGAUGAUGACGAAGAAGAUUGGGAUUUACUCAAUCAAGAAGACGACUUUAAAUUCAUUCUACCACCUGAGGUAUUGGAAUUCCUCAAGAGUGAGGAGGAGGAAUUGGCUGCAGCUGAGAAAGCAGCCAUUGAGGGUUGUGAUUCGGAUGCUGUAAUUGCCCAAAUGUUACAGGCUCAAUUCGAUAAGGAAUACAAUGAGGAGCUGAAACGCAUUGAAAAGGCCCAGAAUAAACAAUCGAAAAUUACCGUGUGCUUGGAUAAAUACAUCAAGCCCUAUAUCCGAGAUGUUGGUGAGGACGACGAUAGUGAUUAUGAUUACGACGAGGAUGAUUUAAAUCGUGAAAAACGUGAUUGGGAUCGUUUUGAGACGAAUGAACGCCGUUUUGAGGCUAUACCCAAGUGUGGUUAUGGCCUGGAUAAGGAUGGUGAAAUGAUUACGAAACAUGAUGAAAAAUUGUGCGGUGUUCGCAAUGCCUGUCGUAUGAUGUCGCUGCCCCUGGAAUUUGCGACGGGUGAUGGUGCCGGUUUUGAUAUGAAACUUUCGAAUCGGGUCUUCAACGAACUCAAAACCUAUUCCCGCAAGGGACAAAAGAAAAAUGCCCGUAUGCAGGAUCGUAAGGAUAAUGUGGCCACCGCUGAAAUGGGUGUUGAUGGCCGUACCCGUUUGAUACUCUACAAAUUGAUCAAUAAUUUGAUUUUGGAACAAAUUAACGGUAUCAUUUCGACUGGCAAAGAAGCUGUUAUACUUCACGCCUCUUCUGAUCCGGCUUUUGUUGGACCCGAUCCAGAAAAUCCACUAGUUAUGCCCAAGGAAUGUGCCGUGAAAAUCUUCAAAACUACUCUUAACGAUUUCAAGCAACGCGAUCGUUACAUCAAGGAUGAUUAUCGCUUCAAGGGACGUUUCAAUGUCCGUUUUGGCAAGCAGAAUAACUUCGUAAUCAUUAAUAUGUGGGCCGAAAAGGAAAUGCACAAUUUGACACGUAUGCAAAGUGUCGGUAUUAAUUGCCCUGAAGUUGUAAUGCUCAAGAAACAUGUGUUGGUUAUGUCAUUUAUUGGUGAAAACAAUCAGGCCGCUCCUAAGCUUAAAGAUGCUCUACUAUCGGCAGCCGAAUGGAUUGCUGCCUAUGAUGAGGUGGUAACGGCAAUGCAUAAAUUAUACAAUGAGGCUAAAUUGGUUCAUGCCGAUUUGAGCGAAUACAAUAUCUUGUGGCAUGAUGGCAAAUGUUGGUUUAUCGAUGUGGCCCAAUCCGUUGAACCACAACAUCCCUCGGCCUUGGAAUUUCUGAUGCGCGAUUGUAACAACAUUGUUAGUUUCUUUGAAAAGAAGGGUGUGCCCAAUUGCCACACCAAGGAACAAUUAUUCGAACACAUCACUUCAUUGAACGCGGAAACUAUAAAUGUGGCCAUGUUGGAACGUAUCCACACCAAAGGUGCCAAUAUACAAUUGGCCACAGCACCAAAUCAAGAUGAAUGCCCACUGGAAGCUAAACCCUUGGAAUAUCCAUUUGAUUUGGCUUGGGAGAAAACCACUCAAAAUGUCAAUGUUGAUUGUAAGAUGCAGGCUGCAUUAGCCGAGAAUAAAGCUGAGAUGUCAUCAUCAGCAGUUAUGGCACAACCAAUUGUUGUUAAUACUAUUACAGACACUGCCAACAUUUAA